CAGAGUUUCUACAGAUUGAGGAUUGAGAUUCACUUAAUUCUAAAAUCGCCACAGUCAAAAAUGACGAAGAAUCAAAUUUUCAUAGGACUUUUAACACUUUUGGCUGUAACAAUUUAUGCAGAAGAUGAUUUUGGAAGGCAAAAGCGAUAUGUUUACAGCAGUAGUAGCAGCAGUUCAAGUUCAAGUUCCUUUGGAGGGACUAAAAUAAGAACAAAUACUUAUACAUUCGGAGAUGCGACCGCUAAUGCACAAGCAAUUGCUGAUAGUGGUUACGGAGUAAACUACCCUGUACAACCAGUAAAUCCGUUUGGCCCAGUAGCAAAUAGUUACGCAUCAGCCGGAAGUAAUGCUGGUGUGUUUGGAGGAGGUUAUGCUGGCAAUUUAGCAAAUGGUAAUUUUGGUGGCUUUGGAGGAGGUAAUGUUGGCAUUUCACCAAAUGGUAAUUUUGGUGGCUUUGGAGGAGGAAAUGUUGGCAGUUCAGCAAACGCUAAUGCUUACGCAUCAACCGGUGGUAAUCCUGGUGGAUUCGGAGGAGGAUACAAUGGAGGUUUUGAAUUUGCUCCUGCCGUUCCUUAUGGAAAUGGAUAUGGUGGGCUUGGUUCUUCCAAUGCUCAAGCCAAUGUCAAUUCUAAUGGGUUUAAUGUCUUCUCUCGGUUCGGUGAUGGAGAUAUCAUGGAAGUGAGUAAGAGUGGAAAUUUUGAAGGCGGUAGAGGUGUUUUCAGUAGCAGUUCUAUCAAUAUUGGCCCUGAUGGAAAAGGAACAUACAGUAUCAAAACAGGAAAUUUCCCGUAAAUUAUGACAAUAAUAUUGAUUAAAACAACGCAAAACUAUAUUUUUUAUAAUUUUAUAUAAAACAUUAUUUUUAUUUAUUAAUCGUCAUACUACCGGAUAUCCACCGCACACAGGUGAUUCAACAAAUUUAAUGUUGAAAUAACUGUUUGCCUUGCAUGCAUCUAAUUACAAGUUUCAUUCACUAAAAAAAUUUGUGAUUAAUUAUUUGUCAAUGUAAGACAGUUCUAUUGUUGAAUCUUUACGAUUUUAAGUUUUUUUCCAAUAUACAAAUAAGAAAACAUUUGAAUCAUUUUCUGUGCGGAUAUCCAGUAAACCGAUAAAAAUCUUCGAUAUGACAAAGAUGAAAUAUUGUAAUUGUAAAAUUCCCAAAAAAGACCGAAAUUUUUCAAAUUCAAUUUUUUUAUGUAUCUUUAUGUUUUUUGACCCCAGAAAUACAAAAAUCACAUUUUAAAAAAAUGUGUGUGUAACACUACAUUUUCAUAAAUAUCUCGUA